AUGUCCAAUGAUGAUGACGGCUUUAACUCUAAGAACUGGGUUUGGGUACCCGGAACUGAGAAAGAUACAUUUAUCAAAGGAUUUGUGAGUGAUUACUUAGAAGAUGGUACUGUCACUGUCACUGUGCCUCAAGGAUCUAACUCUAAUAAUCAUGAGCUGACAAUUAAUGUACCACUGGAUUCAUUAGAGAACUGCAACCCUGUGAAGUUUAAUAAAUGUGAGGAUAUGGCCGAGUUAACUCAUUUGAAUGAACCUUCAGUGGUGUAUAACUUGUAUUUGAGGUAUGCUGAUGAUAUGAUUUACACAUAUUCUGGGUUAUUUUUGGUUGCCAUAAACCCUUACAAAAAACUAGACAUUUAUGAUGGAAAGAACUUAAAGAAAUAUCAUUCUAAUGAUAACGACAAGCCUCCCCCUCACAUAUUUUCCAUAGCUGAGAACACUUACCGUAAUAUGUUGAAUAACAAAAAGGAUCAAAGUAUUUUAGUUACAGGAGAAUCUGGUGCAGGUAAAACAGAAAAUACUAAACGGAUUAUCCAAUACAUUUCUUCAAUAACUACAACAGAACUUCAAAGUCAUCAUUCCAAAACUCAAAAUAAUAUUGACACCAAAAUCUUACAAGCCAAUCCUAUCCUAGAAAGUUUUGGGAAUGCUAAAACAAUCAAAAAUCACAACUCCUCUCGUUUUGGGAAGUUUAUUAAAAUAUAUUUCAGUAAUGAAGAUAUUGGCUGCAUUAAUGGCGCUACUAUUGAUUACUAUCUUUUAGAAAAAUCAAGAGUGGUUAUGCAAUCGCCCCAGGAAAGAAACUAUCAUGUAUUUUAUCAGAUGUUGAAGGGUCUUUCCGACGAGAAACUUACGGCGGUAGGGUUGGAAAAAAAUCUUAAGCUGUACAAAUAUCUCAAUAGUUCAACAUAUGAGAUUCCAAAUGUCGACGAUGCAACGGAAUUUCAACUUUUAUUGGAUGCGUUCAGGAUUAUGGGAUUCGAAGAUCAUGAGGUAGACAACAUUAUUGCCGUUUUAGCAGUUAUUUUACUUUUGGGAAACUUAGAUUUUACAUCAUGGAAGUCAGAACAGGCAAACUUCACCUCAGAAUCCCCUACGGUUCACAUUGCUAGAUUGCUUGGCAUUAGCGAGGACGAAUUCACUUCAAGAUUAUUACGUCCAAAAGUUAAAGCUGGCAGAGAAUUUGUGUCAAAAUCAAUGAAAGCUCCAGAUGUGAAAUAUUCAGUGGAUGCCUUUGCCAAACACUUGUACGAGAGAAUCUUUCAGUAUAUUAUUGAAAGAAUUAAUGAUAACUUAAAAAUCAAAGAUUUGAAUGGAAACAUAUUCCUUAAUGAUUUGAAUUUCAUUGGGGUAUUGGACAUUGCAGGUUUUGAAAUAUUUGAUAUUAAUUCAUUUGAACAAUUAUGUAUUAACUAUACCAAUGAAAAGUUGCAACAAUUUUUCAAUCACCACCUGUUCAUUUUGGAACAAAGCGAGUAUCUUAGGGAAGAUAUUCAAUGGGAAUUCAUUGAUUUUGGUUUGGAUUUACAACCAACUAUUGAUUUGAUAGAAUCAAGAAAUCCAAUGGGUCUUCUCAAGUUGCUUGACGAAGAAUGUAUAAUACCCAAGUCUUCAGAUCAAUCAUUUAUGGACAAGCUUGCUGAUAAUUGGGGUCGUAAGCAAUCGGAAAAGUUCACCCUCAACAAAUUGAAAUCCGGAUUUAUUGUUAAUCACUAUGCUGGCCAAGUGGAGUAUAAUGUUGACGGCUGGCUUCAAAAGAAUACUGAUCCAAUCAGUGAACAGGUUGUUUCCUUGUUACCGGAUUCUUCCAACAUCUUCCUCGCUGACUUAUUUUCCUCAGACCCUGCUCUUCCUAAAUCUGAAAUAUCGGAAUCUUGUAGCCCAAGGAAGAAAGCAUCUUCUAACAAGUUGAGAACUGCUUCCCAAAGGCAUCGUGAACAGUUAGUGGAUUUGAUGGAUCAAUUAGGGAGCACAGAACCUCAUUUUGUUCGUUGUAUUCUUCCAAAUUUACAAAAGAAGCCUCAUAAAUUUGAUAAGCCUUUGGUGUUGAAUCAAUUGAGGUGCAAUGGUGUUCUUGAAGGUAUCCGUAUUACUCGUGCUGGUUACCCUAACCGUAUGACAUUUGAAGAAUUCUAUAACAGAUAUUAUAUCAUAAGUGCAAAGGAAGUUUUCACAAAGAAUAUGAGAACUAAUAGUGAGAUUAUUAUAAAGGGGUUGAAUUUGGAACCCGAAACUUACAGGGUUGGUAUAACAAAGUUGUUUUUUAAGAAUGGUAUUUUGGGGAAACUAGAGGAGAUCAGAGACCAAAGUUUGAAGAAUAUAUUUACAGAAUUGCAAACAAAAAUCCGUGGAAAUUCAGCGAGACUGAAUUUCAAUAGAAUGAUAAAGGAAAUACAAUCAUCUCAGUUAAUUGCUCGGACAUUUGAUCAGGUACAUAGUUCCCUUGAAACCUCACCUUGGUUAAAGCUUUUCAUUAAUAUCAAACCCUUGUUGGAAGAGUCUGUCAAAGUACUCGAUACUAAGGAGAUGAAUGAGAAUAUUAAACAAUUAAGUUCCAAGUUGAAAGAUGCAGAGAAACUCAAGGAGAAGCUUGUUACUGAGAAUGACCGGAUAAAGGAAGAAUUCAAAGAGGUAGAAGUGAAAUUGCAGGAUGAGAAAGAGAAUCUCAAGAAGCAAAUACUUAUUGUUGAAGAGGACGCAGUGAAAAUUUCUAACUUGCUUAUUGAAAAGGAAAAGGCAUUAGAUCAGUUGAAACAAGAACUGCAGAGUAGAUUCAUAACUGUUUCUAAUUUAGAGAAGGAAUUGGGAGAGAGUAAGGUGUUACGAAUUAACUUGGCGAAUGAAAUGAAGCUGGUACAAAGUAAACAUGAAUCAUUGGCUUCUGAGUUAGCUUCUAAAGAGAAAGAAGUUUCUGAAUUACAGGAAAAAUACAAUCAUAGCCAAAAAGAAAUUGCCGAGGCUAAAGAAAAGCUUACACAAUUGGAAUCAUCCAAUUCAAAUUUAGAGGGUAAGAUUCAUGAUUUGGAAUCUCAGAAAUCCGAAUCUGAGCACGUUAUCAAAACCGAAAGUAUAAGAAUUAGAGAAUUAACUGACCUUUUGGAGAAGGAAACGGAUAAAAACAAGAAAUUGGUUUCAGAACAUGCAAAUUCAAAUAAAGAGAUCGAAACUUUAAAGUUGACCGUAAGCAAAAAUUCGAGUUUAGCGACAUCAUCUGAAGCAGAGCUUAUUACUUUGAAAAAUUCCUUACGUGAUAGUAAAGCAGAGUUAUCAAAAGUUCAACUUGGAUUAGAAAGAGCUAAUGAUCGUAUUCAAAGGUUAGAGCGAAAACUACAGGACUCCAAUGAAGAUGCAGAGCGUGAGAGGUCAGCCUCUUUGAACUUCAAGAGAGAUGCCCUGGCUUUACAAAGCAAAAUCGAUGAAUUAGAAAGUAAAGAAGCCAAAUUAAUUCGUGAAAAAGACCUUGAAACUCUGAAAUUGAAGGAAUUAUCACGAUUAAGGGAAGCGUUAGAAGAAUCCAAGCGUGAAGUAAUAAUGUACAAGGAUGAAAAGGAAUUGAUCGCUAUGUCACUAUCACAGUUGAAGACUGAAAAUGAAACGCUCUCUAUGGCUCUUAAAGAAGCAAUGAAGAACAAGGAAUCCAUUUCUGCUUCCUUCGAGGACUUGAAGAAUGAAUGUGAAAGUCUAAAUAAACUUAAAAAUGAAAAUGCUACUGCUAUUCUGCAGUUGCAAGAUACAGUUUCGGAUUUGAAAUCACUCAAGAGCGAAAACGAUUCCUUAAAGAACUCAAAAGAGCAAUAUUCCCGUGAAGUUAAAGCACUCACUGAAAAAGUCAACUCUAUGGAACCUGUGACAAAAGUUCGUGGAAUGCUGUUUGAUAAAGAGAACCAACCACCAAUCUCAAUUGUUGAAGAGUAUGCAAGUAUGAAGUUAAAAUUGAAUGAGCAUACAGCAGCCUUAAGGAAAGAAAAGUUUGAAAACAAGCAACUAGCUGAAGAAAUAGCUUUGUUAAAAUCCCGUGCUGACAAUGAUUUCCAGUUGUCCAGAUCAAGAAGUGUUCUGCCAAAUAAAAGAUCGAUGAACGGAUCUACCAGGGCUUAUACAAAGGAGGAAUUUGAAUCCUUGAAAUUCAAGUUGGAGCAAGAAGAAUUGAAUGCUCAAAGGGCUGAAUCGUAUGCAAUUGACCUUCAGAAGAAAUUGAAUAAAUUGCAGUCGCUGAGAGGUAUAAACCAGUUUUCUGACUACGAGAAAAAGUAUAAUGAAGCACAGAUUAGAAUUUCAGAACUUGAGAAUCGUUUUUCUGAAAUUUUGAAUUCGAAUUCAUUGUUAGAGCCUUCAACACCAGUCAGUUUAACUGCAAGCUCAAGAAGUAACAGCUUCAGGAGAAACAGUGUUAUGCUUCCUGGCUCUAAUCAAGAGUUUGCACUCAUCUAUCAAGACAUAACCCGUGCAUUAAAAGCAACUAGAAGUGAAUUGGGAGAUUCUAAGAGUGAAAUACUUAGAUUGAAAUCGCUAUUAAGAGAGUCCGAAGAUGAGUUGUAUGAAAUCAAGCAUAGCCAAUUCAGAACCUCAGUCUCCAAUUAUGAUGAUGAAUUGGCUCAAUUGAAGGUGAGGAAUGAAACAUUGUUUUCUAGAAAUGAAGAUUUAACUGAGUCAUUGGCGAUAUAUAAAAAGCGGUCUGAAGAGUAUUUCAGUAAAUUGGAACAGGCUGAAGCAGUUGUGAAUUCUUCCAAAGCCAAACAGCAAGCUGCUGAAAAAGAAUUGGAAAAUGCCAAUAAUCAAUUGCUUUUGAAACGUGAAGAAUUAAGAGCUAGUAAUAUGUUGUUACAAGAUUUCAAGAAAAGAUCUGCACUGUUGGAGGGAACUAUAAAUGAUAAGAAUUAUGAAAAUCAAAAGUUAGGUGUUCAAAUCAAGGAGUUAAAGGACCGAUUGAAUUUUGCAACAACUAGUAAUGAUGUCCACGACAAUAUCCGUGAGGAGAUGAGACAACUAAACAAAGAGUUGAACUUCAAGAUGCAAGUUGAGACAAACUUGAUUAAAGAGAAUAAAAAGUAUCAAUUGGAAUUGGAAGACCUCAUUCGCAACAAAAAGGCAUUGGAGGAAGAGUUUGCAGAAGUGUCAGAAAAGGCUGAUGAGUUGGAAGAACACACUGAGGAAUUGACAAAUCAAGUUAGAAAUUUGCAGGAAGAAAGAGCAAUCAAUGAGCGUAAGAUUGUUAACUUGAAUAAGCAGGUUGAUAAUUUGAAGGAUCUUAUUGAAGAGAUUAGCAACCAAAGGGACAAUUUACGAGACCAAAAAUCUCAAAUAGAGGAACAAUUAUUACAAACAAAGCACCAAUUGGACGAGGUAACAACUCAAUUAAACAAUUCGAAGGCAGAGAAUACAAUUUUAAGAGAUCACUUACAAAAUCAACGUGAAGAUGCCAAUGAAAUCAGAUCAGAAUUGAGUAGAUCCAAGAGUGGUAAAGAAGGUGAUAUUCAAGAUUACCAAAAGCUCAAGCGGGAGAACUUGGUGACGGUUGAAGAGAAUGAUUCGUUAAAGAAGGUCAACGAGGAAUUAAAUCACAAAGUUCAUGCUCUUGAAGAGAAGCUCUAUGGCGACGAGACAAUGAAAUUUUGGGAGAAUAAAGUUAAAUCCUUAACUAAAGAUUUAGAUGCCUCUGAAGCUUCAAUGCAUGAGUCCAAUAAAAGUGUUGCAAACUUAACGAGAGAAAUUGCAGAACUCAAGAUCAGAGUUAAUAACGAGCAACAAUUGGCCAAGAAGUAUAACAAUGAGAACUUUGAGUUCCAGAAUCAGAUACAACAGUACAAGACUCAAGUUGGAAUACUUCAAAAUAAAUCACUGGAACAUGAAUUAUUGUUAAAGCAAGCUUCCAGGGAAAAGAUGGAUUUGGAGCUGACUGUUCUCAUGAUGGAGAAGGAGUUACUAGAAUUACGUGAACGUUUACACAAUACCCAAGGCAAUUAA